AUGCCAGUUGCUGAUGGAAUUCUUUGGCAAGAAACACCUGAUAAUGCGGCAGGGAAAUUUGUUCCUCUAGAAACAGUCAAGAAUUCUGCGCUGAAAGGGGGACCAGAUAGGAAUUUAAUUAAGUAUCAAGGAGUAAUUUGGAAGUGCAGGCAUGAAAAAAACGGUCCUUUACGUUCCUUCAAAGAAGCGUAUGAUGAGGAAAGAACAGCGCUACAGAAAAUCCGUAAUAGAAUACCUAAUGGAUUGCUGCAUGAUAUCCUCCAGCUGGUACACCACAGUUUCCGUACAGAAAAAAACUUAAUUGAGGAAAUCAAUCAUUAUCUACUGGAAAACUUUUACGAUGGCGAGAAUGUCUCCUUCUCACGUCAUGGGCGGCAAUCGAAGGGGCAGAUUAUUCGUACUCUGCAAAACGGUUCCACUUCUUCUGGGAAGGAAAACGAAAAACGUUACGAUAUUGCAGUUACAGCUUGCAGUGGGAGCGAUAUUGUGCGUGGUAUUCCAUCGAAGGAUAUAAAGCGUCUUGGAGCUCUCACUCUUGAUGACAUUUCGACUCUCAUAUCAUUAACUGCGUAUAAAGCCAACGGCACCAACUUUUGGUGUUUAGAAGAACCAAUAAGGAUGGAGUUUAAGAUUUCUAAUAAAGUACACUCAUUAUUUACAAAGUGUCGGUUUUCAUCUGGGAAGUCCAUUCGCAGUUUGAAUGGUGAUAUGAUUAGUGGUGUUACCACUGGUAAUACGGAUGCAGUAGAGGGCGAGGAGAAGAAGCAGUUAAAGCAUGAAUCAGUAAAGAAGAAGGGGGAUAGAGGAUUGCCUACUGUACUCAAGAAAAUAUCCCUUACUAGUGGCUUGCAAAAGUCUAUGUACAAAUUCUUGGUCACUUCGCCUGGCACUUCGAGCCCUAGUGUUGUCAUACCGUCACCAAGAAGUGCGGCAGAGAAGCGGUUAGACAACGCUUUGUUGCGCAUUGUGAAACUUUUUCCCGUCCCAGAUCAUAAGGAGUUUCAACAGGCCUGUGAAUUCGCGUUGAAUGUGAUCUCAGAAAGCCAAAUCCGAGAAAUUCCUUACGAGGAAAUUCGCUACGCUCUUCUUAAACAUCGCGAUCACAAAAAAGAUGUGACGGCGAGCUUGAAAAUGUCGGCGGCGGAACGAAAAGCGUACAUGUUGGACAAGAGGCGAGAAAGGUUGAAAAAUUAUGGUGACGAAGAGCAUAAGUUGGAUUCUUUGCUUUCAAGGAAACUCGACGAACAGUUGCUUCCGGAUUUGAGGCCAUUGCCUGUAAUACCAUCUGUCGAGUUUGGAGCUGUAACUCCAUUGUUUGGUUCCUGUCUGCUCAUUACUGAAUUCGUUAACACUUUCCAUUCAUUACUCGUGCCGCGCUUUGUCCCUUCUGCAGGUCGUAUUUUAUGGUAUAUCACUAUGCCUUUCAAGAACCUUAUUCUGUAUGUCAGAGCUAGUGGAUCUAGUAUAAAGUUCUUAGGCUUAAUUGAUAUAAGCGCUUUGAUAGUUAAAGCAAGCGUCCAUGAUUUAGAUAAGUUAGCUUUAUUGCUGGAACAGAUGCUGAUUGGAUUAAAAGAUGGCGCACAAGGUGUUGGUCUCGUACUUUCUCUUUCUGUUGCUUUCAUGAAUACUUUGCUUCAGAGUACUGCAGUAAAUAAGUGUACUGUUUAUGGAAUUCCCGUAAGUUUUGUUCCGGUGACUACGGCCACAGUUUCGGAGUUGGUUCGAGUUGUGUUAAAAAGUCUUAUCACUCGGAACAAAGAUGUUAAAGAUGAUGAAGGUGUGGAUGACGUGGGAGCAGCAGUUCUCCAUGAAAAUAAUUGUUUACAGGAUGCAAGCGUUUAUUCGGGAAAUAUUUCCUUAGAACUGGGAAGUGCAUUGGAAAGGUUAAAGAUCUGUGGCAUCACUGAAUUGACACCUUGUCAACAACUCGAGAUUUUGAAGGGGCUUAUAGAUUGCCUUCAGGAAUCAACUGUUUUUAAAUCAUUUGUUGAGGUUGAGGUCCCCAAGCAAAUAAGAAAGUUAGCUGCUAAAAAGGAAGUUCUUGAAAAAAGUGUCUUGCAACUGCAAAGUGAGCUGAGCUCCUUACCUUCGUUUCCGCAAGAUUCACAAUUGACUUCGAGGUAUCAGACAAGAUUGGAAGGUAGAUGCGAACAAGAGAGGAGGAAAAUUGAAAAACGUAUUGACCUUCUAAAAGAGGAUAUUGAUGUUUUGUCGGAGAAAGAAAAGAAAUAUUUGGCAUUCAACAGGAAAAUUCUGAGGUUGGAACCCUUAGGGCUUGAUCGUUACAAUAGAAGAUAUUGGUACUUUGGGAAAUCCUCUAACGGAGGCAUAUUUGUUGAGAAGGGGUGGUGGAAUUACUCUCUGCUGUCAGCUUCAGAAACCAACUCUGGCGCUUUAGAAGCAAGCGAAAAAAGUGCAGAAAAUGUGGAGCAGGUCGUAGAACCGUUGGGUGAAGGAGUGUCGUUGAAUGUUUGUUUUAACGGUACCCCUAGAAAGAAGAAAGAUGGCAAAGCAUUUGAGGUGUUUGAAAAGUUGUAUGCUGCGGAGACGGGUUCCCCAGUGGAAGAAGCACCUGAGAGCUGGUUUAAAAUCUCUGAUGCAAAAACUUUGGAAAGCUUAAUGUCCUCAUUAACAAAAAAGGGGAUUCGGGAGUCACGGCUUCUUGCCAGUAUCAAAAAAAUAUCUGAAGGCUUUCGCUCUUCCCUUGAUACAAAAGUGAGAGAGGUGCCAGUGGAGAUAGCUGAGGUAGGAGGGCUGCCCUGUUAUAAACAUUUACAUGAAGAGAUUUGGAGUUUCGAAGGUGAACUUCGUAAAAGACGUUUCACAAAAAUCAUUGAUGAAGAUGAAUUUUUGGGGAAAAUUGAGAGAUCGUGCUCGCUUCCCGAGCUUAAGACGCUAUUGUUGGAACUAUGUGAUUCUAUCCCAGAACGAGAUCUUACGCAGAAGAGUAAACAUAGGUUAGGCGAAGGGAAAUUUUCUUUGCUCUCAUGGAAGGAGUUUUUAAAACAAGCCGCAUCAGUCUCUCAGCUUAGUGUGCUUUUACAUCUGCUCGAGACGCAAAUUGACUGGGAUUACUCUUUGCAGAACCAGAAAUGUCGCAUAUGCAAUAAGGCAAGGUCUCAAAAUGAAUUUAUUGUGUGCGAAACCUGUGGUUCGGUGAUACAUUUUUAUUGUGUAAGGCCGCGACUUGACGAGAUGCCGCCAGGAGGGAUUUUCGAAAACAUGGUUAGUUUAGAGGAGGAAAUGGAAGUCGAUGACUAUGACAACAGUUUUGAGAGCGAAAACAAUGGGGAUCUCUCAGGAACUGUGAGUUCCGAUAGCGAUAGCUGUGGUAAUAUCCCAAAGGACAUCCACAAGUAUAUUGAAACACUGAAAAGUAACCUAGAUGUUUACGAGUUGCUUCUGAGGGUGCCAGCUGAGAAAAGCAGCAGAUGCCAGGCGACUUUAAAGUCAAUUGUUGAAAAUUUGCGAUCUUAUAACUGUGAGUAUAAAUUGAAGAACGAUUUAAGGCUGGUUUUUAAGGCCGCCAGCGCCUUUUACCAGGGCAAAAAGGGGAAAAUGAAGCGUAUCGAGCGAAUGAGGGAGUCCUUAAAUAUAUGA